CACUCUCAAACAAGCCUCACCCCCCUUUACGCGCCGCUGCAACUUCCAAGAAAACUAUGACACAACCGCCGCGCUUCCUCCUCGUAACCUAUCCCGCGCAGGGCCACAUAAACCCUGUUCUACAAUUCGCCAAGCGCCUAGUUGGGGCGGGCGCCGACGUCACCUUCGUCACCACGUACUUCGCCCACCGCCGCAUGACCAAAGGCAGAGGAGACACAACCGCCGCCGCCAACCGAAACGGCGGAGUGUCAAUAUCCUACGUGCCGUUCUCCGAUGGACACGACGACGGGUUUAAGGCGGGGGACGACUUUGACCACUACCUGAACGAAAUCCGCCGCCGCGGAUCGCAGGCCAUCUCCGACCUCGUCAUCUCCGCUGCCAAAGAGGGACACCCUUACACCUGUUUGGUCUACUCCCUCCUCCUUCCGUGGGCCGCGCUGACAGCAGAGGAGCUCUGUCUGCCGUCCGUCCUCCUAUGGAUUCAGCCGGCCACGGUUUUCGACAUCUAUUACUACUACUUCCACGGCUACGGAGACAUCUUCAGAGAAAACAAUACUAAAGACCCUUCAACUGACCAUAACUCAUCAACGACACUACCGGGGCUUUCGUUGACGUUCACCCGCUGCGAUCUUCCGUCGUUUAUGGACGCCGCUAAUGCUUACUCCUUCGCUAUUCCCUUGUUCAAAGAACAGCUUGAAGUACUUGACAAGAUUAAAAAUCCCAAGAUACUAGUAAACACAUUUGAUCAGUUGGAGCUGGAGGCGUUGAAAGCGAUUGAGAAGCUGAGCUUGAUCGCAAUCGGACCCUUGAUUCCGUCGGCUUUCUUGGACGGGAAAGACCCUUCUGAUACUUCCUUCGGAGGUGAUCUUGUCCAUGUUGAUCAUCAGAACUACAUUGAGUGGUUGAACUCCAAACCUAAAGGGUCGAUCAUUUACCUGUCGUUUGGGAGCAUGGUGGAGUUAUCAAGGCCUCAAAUGGAGGAGAUCGCAAAAGGGUUGUUGGAUUGUGGACGUCCCUUCUUGUGGGUCAUAAGAGAGAAGGCUAAGAAGAAAGAGAGUGAAAAGAAAAACGAGGAAAGAGAAGAAGAAGAAGAGAAACUAAGUUGUCACGAGGAAUUGUCAAAGCUAGGGAAGAUAGUGCCAUGGUGUCGCCAAGUCGAAGUUUUGUCGAGCGCUUCUUUGGGGUGUUUUGUGACGCAUUGCGGGUGGAAUUCUACGUUGGAGAGCUUGGUUUGUGGAGUUCCGGUCGUCGCGUUUCCGCAGUGGACGGACCAAGGGACGAACGCCAAGUUGAUAGAAGACGUGUGGAAGACUGGUGUGAGAGUGAAGCCUAAUGAGAAGGGAAUGGUUGAAAGUCAAGAGAUAAAGAGGUGUUUGGAUUUGGUAAUGGAAGGAGAGGAAUUGAGA